AUGGAAGCGAUCACUUUCGUGCACUUUACAUUUGACAUUUUGAUUUUGCAUGCCAGUGUCAAGAGCAAGAGAUGUUGGGGCCUGUCCUCAGCCAAGCAAGCCACUCUUGCCUCUAAGGCGGACCCUUUCACAGUUGAAGAAAUACUUGAGAUGCAUCGAAUACUUUACGAAGGGGACGAUCUCUGGGAUCGUCUCAUGUGUGGAGUGUCCCUCUUCUGCAUCUACGCCAGGUGUCGAUGGAGCGACUUCCAACAUGUUGACUCGCUCUCUCUGGAGUGCAACGACCAGGGCUUUGCAGAGUUCGGCUCAGCUUUCAUCGAUGUGCAUAAGACAAUGAAUUUCUCCUCAAAGCUUCCGAAGUGUCUUGAGCUAGUUGCGGUAGGCCGUGGCCUCGAUGGCAAAGAUUGGCUCUGUGUGUUCAUGGAGGUCCGAAAGGCUUUAGGCGUCGAGUACCACAAAGGGUACCCAAGCAUGCCCGCCCCAGACAAAUCUGGCGCCCCGACGGUCAGGGCUUUGGGAUCUGACGAAGCAGGUGCGUGGCUCCGAGAGCUACUGCCAGGGCGUGAAGGCCGGCGCACCACCUCCCACAGCUUGAAAGCCACUCUGUUGUCUUUUGCAGCUAAGAGAGGGUUAGCUCACACUGACCGGCUGGCCUUGGGCGGGCACUUCCAUGGGGCUCACAUGGCUGAUGUAUAUGCGCGGGAUGCCUUAGCACGCCCAUUGCGACUUCUGGCGGGCAUGCUGUCUGAGAUCAGGCUAGGAAAGUUUGCACCAGAUGCUGGCAGGGCUGCUCGUUUUCCUGGGCGCACCAAUGAGGAAUUGAUAGGGGCCGAGCUGCCCACAGGUGUCGCCCAUGCCGCUCCCACGGAACCUCAGCCGCUAGGUGAAGUCCACCUUGGCAGCAGCAAUCGCGACAGCAGCGCUAGGGGUCUUGAAAGCUUCUCUCAGUGGGAUCUUGUCUCCUUGGGGGCACCGUCACAUGCAUCGAAGGCCGUGAAGUCGGAUGCGUGCACUUCCCAGGCGGGAGGCGAAGUCAUGAGUGUGAAAUCGGACAGAACCGAACCUCCGAGUCCCGAUUUUUCUGAGGGUGUUGGCGACCUGAGCCUCAUGCCUGAUCGAGCGCCGCAGGGAUCUUUUGAGAUAGUUCCGGACGACAUCUCCGAAGUCAAUCCCGAUGACGGUGUCUCCUCUGACGGAGACACGUCGUCGGAAGGCUCCUCAUCCGAGUCGUCUGAUUCUUCUGAGGGAGAAAAUCCGGAGCCCAGGCUGAUGCCCCCGCCUUCGCCUCCUGAAGGUACCUUCUUCAUGCAGCAUCGCAAGCUCAAAACUCUGCAUUUGUUGUUGACCGGGCACCGCAGCUUCACGCUGUGCGGAAGACCGUUGCAAACUAUCGACAGCCCCUUCAUUGAGCCUGGCCGGCUGAGGACGGACAAGCCCAUAGUGCUGAGAGUUGCCAUGACCCUCGUUGACAGCGAGGCCGCUUUUGCAGCUAGGUGUAAGGAGAUAUGUGGCGACGAUUCUCUUCACACAUUGCUGCAAGCCUCGGGGGUGCAAACUCACUCAGCCUUGGCCUUCAGCUGUGGAACUCCGAAGGCGCAACCCACGGAAGCAGAAUUUAAGGCUUUUGCUGAGUCAGUUGUCGGGAGCCCAGCGUCCAUAGGCCGCGUGAGCCAGCUCAAAAGACUUCAUUUCGAAUCUUCGACUUUGGUCAUUGCCCAGUUGCGCGCACUCGUAGAAGGGGAUUCAACAGAUGCUGGAAAAAGACUUCCGGCAGCAGAGAAAUCCGCCCGCCUUGCGGAUGCCAAGAGGCGUUUGAAAGGCCUUGUCAUCGAGGAUGAAAUGGAGCCGAGUCAUGCCCUCAUUGAUGCAGUUUCCCAUAUGGGCGAGUCGAAUGCGGUGGUUUGGAUCCCACCGUCGAAGUGCACUAAGAGGGAUGCCGAGCUCAAGCUUGGGCUUCGCGACAAGCAAAAGUACUUGACUGUUCAGGAGCAAUCAGUCACUUUGGCCCCGGCUCCAGAUAAAAUCGUCGCUGAGCAUGGGACUCCCUUGGAGGUCCAAUGGUGUCUCCAGCGCCGAGGCUUGGCUUUCUUCAUGUGCGGCUUCAUGGAGUGGGAGACUCACGAGAAGUGGGUCGCGUCUCUGCUUAGAUGUUUGUCAUCGGAUGUUCCUCCGGGGUACGCACCCAUUUCGAUGCAGCAAAUUUUGCGAGCAGAUUCCGAGAUCUUCUUGCUUUUAGCCCGUGAGGUCAAGCGUGUCAAACCUGACAGCAGUGGUGUGAUGGAGAUGGAUGUUCUUAUGAAUCGGCACCGUGACCUCAGGAAUCUUCCUGGGUCUUUGAAUGGCGUUGAUUUGCUGGUCUCAGCAGGGCCCGUCACGUUUGAUGCGACGGUUGAGCACGAAACUUUAGACUGGACCAACGGUGGUACCGAUGCACCUGCCUCGGUUCCUGCACUCAGCCAUACAACCACAGCUGCUUCUGAUACCGUCUCUGGAGUCAUCAUAGAUGUUUUCGCUGGCGAUGCCGCCUUUUGCAAAGCCGCGCACAAAGCCGGCUUUAGAGCCCUAGCCUUCGACCUUAAGCCCCAGCGUGCCCAAUUCCCAAUUCAACCUCUAGACAUAACGCAGGCCGAUGAGCUUGCGGUGCUCCGGGAGGUGAUUUCCGAGCACGCAGGUGCUACGUCAUUGGUGCAGUUCACUGUCCCGUGCUUGAGUACCUUCUUCACGUCAAAGACUGGAUCAUGGAGUUUCGCUGAGUUGCUGGUGGAUGCUGUCUUUCAGCUUUGUUCGCAUUGCAGGGCAGUGGGAGUUCCUUUUGCGAUUCUGCACCCUGCUACAUCGCGCUUCUGGCACAUGCCGUCUUGCCAACGCUUCUUCCAAGCUGCAGACGGUGAAUGGACUACAUUUGACCAAUGCAUGCAUGGAGGGGCCCAGGUCGCUGAUGUCUUGUCGAGCCCCUGGACAUGGUCCACUAAGCAUGGCCCGCACGAUGCGCACAAACCGACCAAGGAUUUCUCUGAUGUCUGCGGCUUAUUGCCUCCGACUGAACAUUCUCCAGUGCUUGAAGUUGUAUGGAUUGGCAUCCCCCGUGAACCGGAUGACUUUUUACGUCGAGCAGUGGCAGCCGGUCACCCGAAAUCCCUUCUUGAUGUCGAAGCCGAUCCGCACAUGACCUUGCUAAUAGACAACCUUCUGAACAGCAGUGUCAAACAGCCGGACAAAGGUUUGCAUGAAGUUCAGCGUUGGACCGAGCUACGGUCGGACCUCUCCGAAUCCCAGGAUUUGUGCAAAAAGGAGUGGCCCAUCCAUGUGGCGCAGGUUCUGGAUGCAAAGCCAACUCUGCUGAUGGACGAAUUGCUCACACAGCACGACUUUCCAGACCGCCACCUUGUGAAGCACAUGACGCAGGGGUUUAGGCUUACGGGCUGGGUUUGUAGAUCGGGUCUUUUUCCCUUUGACCCUAAGCCUCCCGCCUCCACCUUAAAAAGUCAGCUCUCUAUGGCAAAGUCCAGAAACACCGCCACCUUGACGAAGCUCUCCAAACAGGCUCCGGAUGAGGUGUCUCGUCGUGCCUGGGCUGAAACACUUGAAGAAGUUGACAAAGGUUGGAUUGAGGAAGACGAAAACCCAGAUCUUUCUACGGUCCUUGUUGCAAAGCGGUUUGGGCUUUUACAAGGUCCGAAGGUCAGAGUCAUAGACGACUGCCGUGCUUGUGCUUUCAACUUGUUAGCAGGCAUCCCUGAGAAAUACAGAUUACAGAGCGUCGAAUACAUCGCUGCCUUCCUCUUGCGAGCCAUGCUUGACCCUCGCAGCAAAGGCGUUAGCAUCUCAGGGAAGACACUUGACUUGACUGCGGCGUACAAACAGUACGCCACACAUCCCUUCGAUCGUGACCUUUUACGGAUUGGCGUUAAAGACACUUCAAGCGGUGACGAAGAGCCCAUGCCUCGUCGUCGAUUUGGCUGUCAGACGGAGAUCCACAUUCAAGAUAGCCAAACGAUUGCUUGGAUCAUAGGUCUGAUCUUCGUUCCGAAUCACAAGCCGGAGGUGGCAUCAGACCGCAAGAAGGACACCCGGUUCACCGUAGAUGAGCACUCGGGGAAAUUGAAGGCAAAUCUUGUAGACUACACCUUGAUGCAACAGUGGUCCGAUCGGAUCAUCAGAGCGCGGAUGGAUGAGCCGUCACCGCAGUACGGCAAACCUUCCUGGUCGCAGCUUGUGGCGGCCGACAAGAAACUCUUCUCCGAACUCCGAGAUUUGACUCGCGAUGGAGUCCAAUCUUCCGGAGGUGGCAGGCCCCUUGACAAACAUCUCCCGAUUGUCAUGGCGUCUUACGAUGUGGAGCGGCCCGGUCCUUAUUCUCCGUCUGGUGCCGACAAGAAAGGGAGUGACGGUGCCCGGAUUUCGACCCAGCUCCAGCAGCGGGCGGGCCGGGAACCGAGAGCAGUGUUUACGGUGCCAGAGAGGAGGACCAUGCUUCCUGCCUUAGGGGAUGCUGGGCCUCAAAUCUCGGGUAAUGGUCUGGUGCCCCUCGACAGACAGCGCGAGGGUACUGACCAAUACGCGGCCAAUCAGCCUUUUGUGGUGUCCGCCCCCGAGCGGCCAACACCAUCUCGCGCGGGGACCGCUGAUUUGCGGAUGCCCGCCGCUGACAAUCCUUUUAACAUUUUGCUUCGAUGCUUAAGCUUCUUCGAUCAUCUUCCCAACGAUACCGUUGGUGUAGGAGUGCAGUCGACCCGUGACCAGGUCGGCAAAUCCUUCUAUGCCGGAAUGUAUUCGCAUGGGGUGGUUGGUUUGAGAGCUUCAGUCCGAAAAUUCCCCGAUGCCAUUCGAAGUUUUGCUGCCUUGAUACGGGUGGUGUGCCCAUCCCAGCUUUUCACUAGUCUAGUGAUCCUGGAGGACUCGAGGCUUGAACCGCACAGAGAUGCGUCCAAUGCCUGCUGUCACAAUCUCAUCAUUCCUUUGACCCGCUUCGAAGGUGGAGAACUCUUGCUGGAGGAUUCGGUCGGUGCUGUCCGCCGCGUGGGACAAUCACAAUUUCGGUCUAGAGCUAUUUCCUUGGAUCAGGGACCCAUAGCCUUUGAUGCCCGACGGCUUCUGCACGCCGUCAACCCAGCUAAAGGAAGGCGGGUAGUCCUUAUCGCAUACUGCCUUAAGGGAGUUGCCCGGCUGCCCGAGUCAGACCUUUGUGCGCUUCGAGAGCUUGGGUUCAAUCUCCCGUCGCAGGAGCCGGCCGAGGCCGACUUGGCCCCCACAAAGAUUGGCUUGCCCGCGAUUAAGGGAAAACCUUUGUUGUGUGUGGAGCUCUUCGCUGGGACUGGAGACCUUUCGUCCUGCUUAAGGAGCGUGGGUUUCAAAGUUCUCGCCGCGGAUCGCGGUGACUGUCGGCUUCGCGGAGGCCUGCAUAUUGUCCGUUUGGACCUCUGCAAAAGUUUGUCUUGGCAAUACCUCAGGCGCCUUGCUCAGGCCGGAGACGUGUUCCUAGUCCAUCUGCAGCCUCCCCGUGCCUUCACCCAGGACCCGGCACUGGUCUCGGAGCUUGUCUCUCUGUGUCGCUGGCUUCGCGACCUUCAACCUGCCGCGCACUUUGCAAUUCUUGAUCGUGCUGUUUCCCCCUUGUGGAAACAUCCCACAAUGACCGCUCUUGCUGGCCUCUGUCCCCAGAUCAGCUUUGACGCCUGUGCGCAUGGGGGCGAUCAGCCCGAGUGUAUGUUGCUUUGGACCACUGCGGCUAAGUGCGACGGGCAUCAUUCCCACAAAUCAUGCCGCAACGGCUCUCAAGCCUCCCGGUUGCAUUCAUCCCUGUUCUGUCAGCGCUUUGCCGCAUCCGUUGCAUUGACUGCCGGCCAGAAGGAUGUCGCCCCAGCCGAGCUUGAUCUCUCAAAUGCCACCGCCCGAGCUGCGACCCAUCGCCAGCCCAAGGUUUCUAGGGCGGUGGUGCUGGUCGACGAAUACCACUACCAAGUGGGAGCCAAUAAGGUCACAUCCGUCACCUGUGGGGUGUAUCGUACUCCACUGCAGUUUGCUUCGUGUGCCUUGAGACUUUGCCACCCUUUCGACAUGUGCCGGGCCCUCCCGGAUCAGGCUCUCAGGGUGCUAGCUCAGGUGUUGAUGGAGGGCCCCGUCGCGGUUCUCCGGAGGAGGCUUGAUGUGAUGACUCGGUGGAAGUCCUGGGCAGCCGAGCUUGAAAAACAGGAAGCGGACCUUCACAAAUCCUUGCGUCCGACUGUUGCGGGUGUGUCGAAAGGCAAGCGGCUACUCCUUUUAGACCGCAUCGCAAAGUCGCUGGACUGGCCAGACUUGCACUUGCACGAAGAUCUCGUGCACGGCUUCAGGAUUGUUGGUGAUGAGCGGCCGAGCGGCGUCUUUCCGUUCGAGCCCAACGCCGCUUCGCUGACAGUGGAUGAACUGGUCGAUCAAUCCCGCUUGACCAAGCAUUUGAUUUGGAGCCAGAUUCGUGAUGCGCCCUUGGAUCAGACCUCGCAACAACUCUUCGACAUCACUGAGGCUGAACACUUGGAAAAGUCUUGGUUGGGCCCUCCCCGUUCGUGGGAGCAGCUUGAGGCCGAGUUCGGGGAUUGGCUUCCCGUCAAGCGGUUCGGUGUGAGCCAGAAAGACAAGUUGCGACCGAUUGACGAUCUUGCUGCAAACGGGGUCAACAGCGCUUUCGGUGCCGCGGAUAAGAUGACUCUGCGCGCUUUCGAUGAGCUUGUUUGGAGCGCAUCUUUCAUCAUGAGAGCUCUGCUGCAGAAGGGCUGUGUCGAGGUCAUCCUCUCCGAUGGCCAGCGCAUUGCCGGGCCACUGCACGAUUCUUGGAAGGCCUCCCCCGACAGUGCUAGACCCAAGCUCAAGACGGUAGACCUUAAAGCUGCCUAUAAACAGCUACCGCUGCAUCCCAACGACCAGCGCGUCAAUGCCUUCAAUCGUGUGGCCCGACUGCUUCAGCGCAUCAUGCAAGAGGCCCUGGUCAUGAACUUCAACUACUUCGACGACUACCCUCUUCUUGAAAUGUCGUGCCUCACAAACAGCUGUGACAAGAUCGUUCACUCGAUCCUAUCCCUGCUUGGCUUCGACUAUGCUUCGGAGAAAGAGAACGAAUUUGAUGUUAAGGCCGACCUGCUCGGGGUCACUGUCGACCUUGGAGACGAGAAUCUCACUGAGGUGCGUGUUGCCAAUCGUGAAUCCAAGUGUGCAGAGGUGGCCGCUGCAGUUGGUGAGGUCCUCAGUCGAGGGUCCUUACGUUCUGCCGAGGUCGCCUCCCUCUUUGGCCGAAUUCAAUUCAUGGAGGGCCAACUUUUGGGCCGCAUGGGCCGUUUGGCCUUGUCUGAGCUGCGUAGCUUGGGCUUAUCUUCAGGCUUCCUUAAGCUGGGUGCUGUCGAGCGCCGAUCUUUUGAGAAUCUUCGCGACAGAAUGCUAGCUGGCCCUCCAAGGGCGAUUUGCACUCGGCCGCCUGGCCACAAUGUCUUGGUUUUUACAGAAGGUGCCUGCGAGCCGGAGGGUGAUAGCAUGCGUUGCUCCAUUGGCUGGGUAAUGUAUGUUGAGAGCUCCGGUAAGUGGACCACUCGUUACUUCAGUUGCAGCCUUCCAGAUGAGCUGAUCCGCAGAUGGGGCGCGGGUGGCAAGAAACACCUGAUAGGACCCGUGGAACUCUUCGCCGUUGUUACGGCCAGGGUCGUCUGGAGAGAGUUUUUAGACGGUGCGCGGACUUUAUUCUUUAUCGACCAUUCUGGAGUGCACGCAGCUUGCGUCAACGGCUCGUCUCAUGAUGGGCUACGGCGCGAACUUCUCGUACAGCUUGAGAUGGCCGAUGCUGUGCCACUGAUCGGCUGGUACGCCCGGGUGCCGAGCUUUAGCAAUCCGGCCGAUGCUCCGUCCAGAGGCUCCUCGGAGUUUCCAGUGUGGGGCACUCUCUUGAGGGACCAUCCUCACUGUUGCAUAUCCAACGUGCCAUUGAGCCCGUUAGGUGAGAAGGGGGAUUGA